AGAUUCAUGCUAACUUCUGAUUGGUAGCAUAUAAGGUUUACAAGUACAAGUGUUUAUGAUUUAUAUUUACGUAUGGUGGUCUGAAAAGCUGCCUGGCGUGACCAACAAGCUCCCAAAGCCAGUUUACACAAAUCUAAUCUACAAUUUCCUUUUUUCUUGCAGUAUGGUCAUCCCUCUUUUUUCAUUGGAUCUCCGUCUCUUCAUCCCUCCAGACACCCACAGUCAUGAGGAUUUAUGGCUCUCUAUGCACCCUAUAGAUAGAGCUGACCCAGUGUCCAGAAAGGUCCUGAGACAUGAAAGCCUGACCUUACUGUGCCCAGCAGGCCUCUGCACACCUGUGGGCCAGCUAGGAGGACACUGGGAAUCAAUUUCUCCAACCUUUAUAUUCCGUCCGUUUCUCUGUCCUUCUACUCAUUUGAUGCCUUCCUUCUCAGUAACUCUAAGACUUGCUUUUUGUGGCGUCUCAUUAGGGCUACCUGAGGGACUUUCAAUUUUUCAAAACUGUGAGAUGUUGACUAUAGGCCCAUAUAUAUGUAAAGUUUUCCACAUUUGUUUCAUAAAAUUCACAUAAUUUACGGGGGGAAAAACACGUGACUGUCAUUUAUGUUCUACAUAACUGUAUGCAUUCUUCUGCAUGUAUGCAACACUCUUUACAGCCCCCUUUUUUCUCUUCACAAAAGCUCUAUGCAUGACCUUUGACCUCAAGGUCAGAACAGGUUUUUAGCUUGUCAGGUCUAUGAGUGGGGCUUGCUGAGUUAUAGUGUGCCAUGAGUGACAGCUGGCAAGACCCAAUAAACUCCAUCCCUGCAUUCCUGCAGAAGACCAUUAAAAGCCUUUCAUAUCGCUUUCUCCGUUGAAGCGGGUCAGUUACUGUGUUUUAAACUGCUGCUCCAGCACAGUUCCUCAGGAAGGCAUGUGACCAGCUCAGAGGUCUGGCAGUUUUAUUUGUGAGAUCUUAAAACCCUGCUGCUAUAUGUUCUCUGUGGAAUAAGUCCCCUCCUUUUGACCCCAACUUCUGCUGCUGCUUUUCAAAAGUCACAUUUGGGAGAUUUUACGUACUUCAGCAAUAAUUUCAAGAGACUUUUCAAAGUGUCUGAUUUUGUCCCUAGAGAUAACAGAUUAAAACAAAAUUGCUUUUGAUUUGACUUCAAGGAGGUUUGUGGCUUGUCUGUACUUUGUUCAGACAUUUUUGAAAUUGCAGUGAUGGAAGUUAUUAUUUCUUGCAGAAUUUAGAUUUUCAUGUCAUUCUGCCGAAAUGGGAGCAACAUUUAUUUCAGUGCUUUCGCAUUCUUUUACAAAAUAUUUGGGUUUCCCCAAGACACUUGUGUUUUUUCAGAUGCUCCGAAAACUUUUGCAAAGGUUGCAGGAAAAGAAAAAAUGGGAAAACAAUACUUUUGCAAAUGUUUGCAAGAGUAUGCAAAUGUUUUGCUGGCAAACAAAGGUAGUCAUGGAAAUGCAAUACUAUUCGAUAGAACUUAAAAUUUGGAAAGCAAGCGCAAAAACCCUGAAUUGCAACAUCCCCUUAGUGGCUCCAUAAUUUGUGAAAAAAACAUUAUAUUAAUGUACUUUUUAUAUAUACAAUAUGUAGUGUAUUAACAGUGAGAAACUCAUUUGCUGCUCUCUCUUUACUUAUCCUCUCCUUUUCACUCUCUCUCCCCAUCCAUCUUCUUGCUGUAACUGUGAGCCAACCUGUUGUAGCUCUUCCACACCCCCUAAACUUUCUCCUUCAGAGGUAUUCGCUUCAUUCAUUCACUCUCUCUUUCUCUCACACACCCUCUUUAGGCCGUCUUGGAUUCUCACACUUCUCAUCCUGGGACAUUUCACUACGGCGUGUGGAGUCCCAUAAGCUGUUCUUGGAUUGGAUUAUUAUCUGAUGGACCUCCAGCAGUUUUGCAUUUGAGAAGAGGACCAUGGUUCAGGGUACAGUUGGAAAGAUAAAGCGGAGAGAGCGUAGCAGCUAAAUAAAGCGGAGAACAAGCCCGUCUCAGGACAUCAGUCCAAAGAAGAGGAUCUGCCGGCAGAGAGAUAAGAGGGGGAGGACAGGGAACGAAAGAAAGAGUCGGAGGACGAGAGAGAGAGAGAGAGAGAGAGGAUGGGAUAUUGCGGCAUGUGGAUCUUCCUCUUGUGCCUGUCUCUCUUCUAUCAAAGCGCCACUGCAGAGGCUGAAGUAUGUCGUACAGCCAUGCCUGCUGAUAUUGUGUUCCUGGUAGAUGAUUCCUGGUCAGUAGGUCCGACCAGCUUCCAGCAGAUCAAAGAGUUCAUAGCGGACAUCAUCCGAGCCUUCCAGGGAAGUGUGGUUGGACAGGAAGGCAUUCGCUUUGGAGUGACUGUCUAUUCUGACUUGCCUAGGAUGCGUAUAGCUCUGACGGAUUAUUCGACUCUGGAGGAAGUGCUGAGAGCCGUAGAGGAGGUGCCAUACGAGGGAGGCAACAGCCGCACCGGCCUGGCAUUGGAAUUCCUUGUCGAGUCUGUGUUCAGUCCUUCCAUCAUCAGAGACAAUGCCCCAAAGAUUGCUGUUUUGAUCACCAAUGGCCAAUCAGAUGAUCCGGCGGACGGUCCAGCUAAAGCGGUAACAGAUAGUGGGAUUUCACUGUUUGCUGUGGGGGUGAGGAACGCCAAUCAGGCUGAGAUGAGAAAAAUAGUCACAGAACCUCAUGAGGAACAUCUACUGCUCAGCCCAGAUUUCUCCUUCCUGGAAAACCUUCUGCCCAAACUGUCUCGUCGCAUCUGCUUCACAGCUUCAGAACCCCCCCGGCCUGUUAAGCAAAAGCCACCUGCGAUGGAGAGGAUAGUAGGACCUAAAGAUCUGCAAGUGAGCGAGCUGAGUUACAGCUCUCUGCAGCUGACCUGGAGUCAGGCCACAGGAGAUGUUACCGGCUACAGGCUGCUCAUCACCCCUGUGUCUCCAAAGGGCCAUCUGCUCUCGGCACAGCAGAGACAGAUUGAUCUGAAGGGAGAUAUUAGCAGCACUCCGGUAACCAGGUUGAGUCCUAAGACUGAGUACUCCCUCACUUUAUAUGCCGUCUAUCCGGGGCGCAUCGGAGAGUCUGCCACCAUUACCACAGAAACCACUGUUCUGCCACCCGUUUCAAACUUCCGUGUGAUGGAAGAAGGACUGUUUUCUUUACGCCUGGGAUGGACGCCUUCACUUGGAAAAGUGGAUAAUUAUAAAAUUUAUGUUCCAAGAAAGGACAGACCCGGGCUCAUUUACGAUCAGAUUGUGUCAGGUGACAUGUCCUCUCACGUGAUUGACACUUUAGAAGAGGACAAGGAGUACACAGUCAGUAUCUACUCAGUCUACCCAGAGGGCCCCAGCGAGACUGUGUCUGUCACCGGGAAAACUUUGAAACUGGUCCCAGUUGAUAAAAUGCUGGUGCAGAACGCUACAACAGACACGGUUCAGGCCCGCUGGUCGUCUGUCAGAGGCGCCACAGGAUACAGACUCACCUGGUCAUCAUCAGAGGGACACAUAGAGAACGUGAACCUGGGAGACAACUUUAAUUUCUACAUGGUGCAGGGCCUGCAUGCAGGCACAGAGUACACCAUCACCAUCAAUCCCAUCUUUGUGGACAUUGAAGGCCCUGUUACUUCUGCCAAAGCUAAGACGUUGGAAAGCAGUGCAGUACAGACCCUGAGAGCGUCUGCGGUGAGCAUUAGCAGUGCUGUUACCUCGUGGAACGCUGUACCUGGAGCCACGGGCUACAGAUUGGCCUGGGGCCCUACUGCAGAGUUCAUAGGGAGAGAUCGACCAAGGCAGCUGGCUCUGAACGGCAGCACUACUGAGUAUGUCCUGAAGAAUCUGAUCUAUGACACAGAGUAUGUGCUUUCGCUUUACGUUCUCUUCGGUUCUGUGGUUGGCCCCGGCAUCACCGCUACAUUCAGGACCUCGCCUCUCGGAUAUGUCUCAAAUUUUAAAGUGACAUCAUACACCAGCUCGACUAUCGAUGUGGAAUGGAGUCCUAUUGUAGGGGCCACAGAGUACAAACUCACCUGGAGUUCAGAAUUUGUGAGUCCUCAGACUCGGUAUCUUGACCGCAGCGUUUUACAGCACAGCAUCGCUGGUCUUCAGCCGCAAACCCUUUAUUCUGUCAGCAUUCACGCUCUCUACAGCAACACAGAAGGACCAGAAAUCACUCUCUCACAGCAAACAGCCUCUUUAACAGACUCUGAGCUGAUUGAGACAGUUCGGGAGGUAAAUGUUGUGGACAUUGGUUCCAACUCGUUCAAACUGGCUUGGAAGAAAACACCAGGGGUCACUGGGUACAAGAUCACUUGGAGCCCUUUCCAUGGUGGAGAAAAAAAGAGUGAGGUUAUAUCUUCUUCUGCCACAUCCUUCACCAUCACUGAUCUGCCUGCCAGUUCUGCAUACAAGAUCCAGGUUUCUGCAGUGGUCAGAAGCAAAGAGGGAAGUCCAGUAAUGGUGACCGCCCGCACAUUGGAUCUGCCCAAGGUGACUGGAUUCAGUGCUCUGAACACCACCGACAACAGCACUGUACUGAACUGGACCAGUGUAAGUGGAGCAUCUGGAUACCUGCUGUCCUGGAGACAUAUAUCAGAGGUGGACAUCUCCUCUGAUCUGCUGAGCUCUGGCUUCACUUCCUAUAAGAUCCGAGAUCUCCUGUAUGGCAGAACCUAUAUAUUUUCCAUCAGACCACUUUAUGGGGAAGUGGAGGGUCCGGUCACAACCAUCACUAAAAGGAUCUUGGGAGCUCCUCAUCUCAUCCCUGUCCAGAACCCCACGCUGGCCCCUGUCUCUGCUAAUACCAAAAUCAAUGAGCUCCUUACCACAACCAGGAAUGCUCGUAACCCAGUGGUCAAAGCCCCCAGCGCACCCACCACCACUCAGAGACUCGCUGUGAGGCCUCAGAUCACCAGUGGCCAUAGCGCUUCAGCACUGACCAGAAUGACCACAGUAAAGGACCAAACCACCCUCUCAGUCGAGACACCUCCAUCUGGACCAGUGUGUGGCAGGGUAAAGGCAGACAUUGUGUUUCUGGUCGAUGAAUCCUGGAGCAUUGGAACUAAUAACUUUGUCAAGCUGAAGGAUUUCCUGUUUAGAAUUGUCACCUACUUCCCCUCUGUAGGACCUAAAGGAACACAGAUAGCGGUAGUUCACUACAGUGAUCAGCCCAGGAUUGAGUUCAACUUCAACACUCACAAAGACCGUAACUCCGUUUUGAGAGCACUCCGUGAGGUCCGCUACGGAGGGGGGAACACAAAAACAGGUCGUGGGAUCAGCUACGUCUUAAGGGAGAUGUUUCAGGAGUCUUUGGGUAUGAGACAGGAAGUCCCUCACGUGUUAGUGUUACUGACAGACGGGAGGGCACAGGAUGACGUAGAGCCGCCGUCCAGGAUAGCACAUGCUCUGGGCGUCAGUGUGCUGGCCAUCGGCAUCGCUCACGCAGAUAUUGAGGAGCUGAGGACCAUUGCCUCUCCCACCACUUACAAGAACAUCUUCUUUGCCAGUGAUUUCGACGACCUUCCGACCAUCGAAAGAGAGUUUAUCAGCAGCAUCUGUAGCGAGGCUUUACAAUCAGAGUUCAAACAACACGAUGAGUCUGCUCAACUGGACACACCUACAGAUGACCCAGAAGCUCUCAGUAAACCAGAAGGGCCCUGUCCUCUUAGCUGCAAGGGUCAAAAAGGAGAGAAGGGCGAUGGAUUUGGUCAUGGUGGCCUGCGACUCAAGCAAGGCCCGGGGCAUUAUGAUUCAUUCUCUCUAAAGGUCAAAGGGGAGAAGGGUGAACGGGGUCUUCCUGGAACCGAUGGUAUUCCGGGUUUACCAGGACGACCGGGUAGAACUGGACCUCCUGGUUCUCCUGGACAAAGGGGGGUGCCUGGAAUUCCUGGUGACAUGGGGCCUCCUGGUAAUACUGGACCUAAAGGACAGAGAGGAGAGAGAGGUGAACCGGGGUAUGUUAUGGGGGGUAUGGAGGUUCUUCCAGGACGUAAAGGAGAACCUGGAUCCUCUGGCCCUUCAGGUGCUCCAGGCGUCCCAGGGGUGUCAGGUCCUCCAGGACUCCCUGGUUUGCCUGGGCCUCUGGGCUCUCCUGGGCUCUCUGUUAAGGGUGAGACUGGAGAAUCUGGUCCUAAAGGUCCUCGUGGAAAACCGGGUCUGAAAGGAGAAAAGGGAGAGCAUGGAAGUAAUGGUCUCCCGGGUUUACCAGGACCAGUGGGAGUGGAUGGACUUCCAGGACUUCAUGGGCAGAAGGGGGAGAAGGGAGAGGAAGGUAUUGGAAUUCAGGGUGUUCAAGGUCCACCUGGGCCACAAGGAGAAAAGGGUAAUACAGGACUACAAGGCCCAAAGGGCGAAGUAGGAAUCCAAGGAGUCCAGGGACUCGCAGGCCCCCGGGGGAAAAAGGGUCUUAAAGGAGAUCAAGGAGACAAGGGUGAACGUGGGGAAAUUGGACCUAUCGGGCCUUCAGGAAUUGCAGGCUUCCCUGGAGCUGCUGGACGAAAGGGUGACGAGGGGCAGCGCGGCCCUCCCGGUGACCCAGCUAAAGGGAUACUUGGUCCUCCGGGGAAAAAGGGUGCGAGGGGGGAUGUUGGACAAGUUGGGCCACCAGGACCACAAGGAAUCAAAGGAGAUCAAGGCAAUAAAGGUGAAAAGGGCAGUCCUGGUUUUGGAAUCCCCGGUCAGCCCGGUCCCAAAGGAGAGAGUGGAGAAAGAGGCAACGUUGGAUUAUCAGGAAAACCUGGGCCUAAAGGCACUGAUGGGUUCAAAGGAGAGAAAGGGGAAGUGGGCUUCCCAGGCAACUCUGGCUCUCCAGGACUAAGAGGUAAAGAUGGUGUGCCAGGACCGAAAGGAGAGAUGGGAUCGAGGGGAGAGUCUGGUUCACCAGGAGAACCUGGAGAGAGAGGAGUUAAGGGGCCUCUUGGUCUUCCAGGACGGCCCGGUGACCUUGGGGAAAAAGGCGAGCCGGGGAAAUUAGGGUUACCCGGUUCAGAAGGAAAUAAAGGAGAGAAAGGCGAGCCGGGAAGGCCGGGACCACCGGGAGACACUCAAUUCACCACGUCAGACAACACCAUUCUCACUAGGGCCAUUAAGGGUGAACCCGGUGAGCCGGGGCUCCCAGGACUCCGAGGGGAGACAGGACGUCCUGGACCACCUGGUCCCGAAGGUAAACCAGGACCUCCUGGGAAUUCACUGCCUGGAUCUAGUAACGGAAGAGAUGGUGUGGAUGGUUUACCAGGAAGGUCUGGAUCUAAGGGUGAACCAGGACAUAAAGGAGACCCAGGACCAAAAGGUGAGAAAGGAGAUCCUGGACGUGCUGGGAUUACAGGAAUGCCUGGCUUACCUGGGACACCUGGUAAACCUGGUGUUGAUGGGAAACGAGGAGUAGCAGGAAAAGAUGGAGAUCAAGGACCAAAGGGUGAUGAGGGGACAAAGGGUGAAAAAGGUGAACCUGGUGCAAAUGGUAAUGAAGGUCAAAAAGGAGAGCCAGGAUCUCCAGGCUUGCCAGGUCCUCCCAUUGUCCUCCAAGAUGGUAUGUCCAUCGAGGAUAUAAAAAAGGCAUUUCCCAUACCAAUGGGACCCCCUGGUGUGGUGGGUCCUCCUGGGAUGAAGGGAGAGAAAGGAGACACGGGUUUGAAAGGAGAGAAGGGUGAUGCUGGCCCACCGGGGAGAGCUGUUGAAAUGAGGGACAUUGAAGGAUUGUUUGAUUCAUAUGGUAUUAAACUCUCGCUGCUGAAGGCCUUGAUCGACAGGCUGCUUCAGGAUGGUAUGGAGGAGCUCCUUCAUGAGAUCAGCACCAGCAGAAGAGUGAAAGGAGACAGACAGGAGCCGGACUCAAACAUCAUCACUGAAUACACCAGCUCAGUAAAGUACAGUCACCCGCAGGAGUCAUUACCUGAUUCAGAUUUGACCGAAGAAGAGACUGAUCUUGAAGAGGGACAGAUGCCUGAGCCCAGUCCUACACCUGUCGUAGAAAAAGAAGUGGACCCUAUCCUUUCGAAUAUCUCUUCGAAUAAAACCAAAGACAAGCUAGUAGAUGUUGAAGAAAAGAAACUGGUGGAGACCAACUUCAGUGAUGUAACACCUUUAAAAUUUGUCCAAACCAACACUUCCUCUGAGAGGAUGGGCUCUGGAAAGGUAGAGGUAAGUAUGGAGACAGUUUUCCACAGCCAUGAGGACACAGGAAAGAAAACAUCUGGAGAGAAGAAGAAAGGCAGGGAGAAGGGAAAGGGCAAAGGAAAUAAAGGACGUCAAAAACGACAAAGGAAACGUUUGGAAGAUCGAGACAACAUGGAAGAGGAGGUUGAGGAAGCGUCAUAUGACGAUGAGGAAUAUGAAUAUGAGGACGAGCUGCCCACAGAAGAGCCCUUUCCCUCUCGAGAGGAGGAGGGCGAAGGGGAGGAGCUAAAAUACUCAGCAACAACAGCUAUAUAUACACAAGAAAAUGAGGGUGAUACACCUUCUCUGAUUACACAGUCUCCGGAGGAGAUUACACUGAUGGUUCUCACGACAACAGAGAGUCCCCUGCUUUCAUCAGAAGUCACAGAGCAGACACUGCCUGAAACCACAUUAAUAUCAGAGCUAAAUACGACACAAACCGGAGAGGAGGUGAGCUUGUCCCACAAUAGCAGCCUAGAAAAGGCAAGAUCUAAAGUGAAGAGAAGUGCUCCUUCAUCUGAGUACAUGGCCUACAUGCCUGGGACACCAGGAGGACAAAAUCGUUACAAACAAGGAUCUAAGCGGUCCACCUCAGGUGCACAAGGCAAAAAAACGCUGAAUAAAAAGCAAGAAAGCCAAGACCCUGAGACUGUGACAGAGAUGCACGGAGAAAGAGAGAGGGACGAACAGGGAGAGAGAGAGGAUGAAGUCUAUCUUGAGAACAAAGAAAGGAAUAUUGAAGAGGAAACGUCAAUUGAGGCACAGUGGGACUUGGAGGAAGAGAAUGGUGCGACUGAGACCAAGGAAUACAGUUCAGGUGAUGGUGACGAGGAGACGGGCAGCGAGGAGAUAGAGGAAGAAUUUGAGCUAGAGAGGGAGAGAGAGAGACAGGAGAUGGAAAAAGAAAGGAUGGAACUGGAACGAGAAAGAGAAGAAGAGCUGGAAAGGGAGAGAGAGCUAGAGAGCGAGACAGAGAUGAAGCAAGAAGAAAAAGAGGAGAGAGAGAGACAGUUGCAAAGACAAAGAAUGGAAUGGGAGAGACAACGAGAGAAGAUGGAGAGAGAGAGGAUGGGAGAGACAGACCAAGAAGAAGACAUGGGGCCCCGCAUUUCCCACUGUGAUUACCUGAAAGGACCUCCAGGUGAAAAUGGAAAACCAGGCCCUAAGGGGGAGAUUGGUGAAAAAGGCCAGAAGGGAGAACCUGGAACUGGUCACCGUGGGCCCAUUGGUCAGGCCGGUCCAGCAGGACAAAAGGGCGAGCCUGGAGAACCAGGACCGCCUGGAGCACAGGGCAUUCAGGGCAUCCGUGGCAACCUUGGCAUCCCGGGGUCACCAGGUCACAGAGGUCAGCCUGGUGACCCUGGAGAACCAGGUAGAAAGGGUGAAAGAGGGAGACGGGGGAAGAAUGGCUCAACUGGUACUCCGGGUGCAAUUGGUCCUUCUGGACAGCAGGGUCCUCCUGGCCCCUCUGGGGUUAAGGGUGAAAAGGGAGACAGUAUACCAGGAGAAGCAGGUGACAGAGGAAUUCCUGGGCUCCCAGGUCGCAGGGGAGCGAAAGGCACUGUCGGUGCCAAUGGAACUCCAGGUCUCAUGGGUCCUAAAGGCAUGACAGGUAUGAAAGGAGAAAAGGGUGACAAAGGUGUUCCUGGUCACAGAGGAGACAAGGGUAGUCCUCUUUCCAUGCCAGGACCCAGAGGAUAUAAGGGUCUAAAAGGAGAGGCAGGUGAGCGUGGGCUUCCAGGCUUUGAUGGAGAUAAAGGAGAGAAGGGUGAAGAUGGUCCACCUGGUGCAAAGGGUCUAAAGGGAGAGGCUGGUACUAAAGGAGGCAUGGGGCCUUUUGGUGCACGUGGUCCAGUAGGACAAAAGGGAGAUCCAGGAGAGCCAGGUGCCAAUGGGGAAAAGGGUCGUAAUGGAGAACAUGGAUUGGAUGGCGAGAAAGGUGAUAAGGGAGACAUGGGCUUGCAGGGCCGAAAGGGAGAUCAGGGUGAGAAAGGAGAGCCCGGUUUACCUGGAGAUAUGGGAAUUAGAGGCGAGAAGGGCUUCAGAGGUUUCCCUGGUCGAAUAGGGAGUCCAGGACUGGAUGGAGAGCAGGGUAAUUCUGGGGACCCAGGAAGGCCUGGUCUUCCAGGACUAAAUGGUCUGCCGGGACGAAAAGGAGAAAAAGGUGAUAGUGGUCUGAACGGUGUUGACGGAGCUUCUGGACAAAAAGGAGAGAAGGGUGCGACUGGUUUCCCAGGUUUCACUGGGUUUAAGGGGUCUACUGGUGUACCAGGAACUAAUGGGGUUCCUGGUCGGUCUGGUCCAGUUGGACCUAAAGGUGAAGUAGGACUGAAGGGAGAGAAGGGAAGGAGAGGCAGAGGGAAGGCCUGUCAGCGGGGACCCCCUGGAAUACCUGGCCUCAGGGGCCUGGAUGGGGAGUUGGGAACCUCAGGCGGGAAAGGAGAAAAAGGGGAGCCAGGACUCAGCGUGGAGGAAGUGAAGGAUCUGGUGACAAAGGAGGUGGUUGAGAAGUGUGGAAAGGAAAUACUCCUGAUGGUGAACACCAAUGAUCCAGAUGACGGGAGUAUCCUAAGGGAAGAGAGAAGAACAGAUUCUGCCGCUCCGUUCUUGCUCGCCCACCCCAAAGUGUGGGAUGAAGAGUCAGAGGACGAGACCACUACAGUUCAUCCUGCUGUUUCAGAGUCUGAGCCAACAUUGGCAUAUGGCAACGUUACAAGAGCCGCUGCUGAGGGAGAUGGAGAGCAGAGAAAAAAGAGACGCGCACUCAAACUCCACUCAGACCUAGCCGCCGAUCUGUGCCUUGAGCCCAUGUCCGAGGGCCACUGCGCCGAAUACGUCCUGCUCUGGUACUACUACGCCGUCUCAGGAGAAUGCCGUCCCUUUGUGUAUGGUGGCUGUGGAGGAAAUAGAAACCGCUUCAGCUCCAAACAGGACUGUGAGAGUCAGUGUUUUCUGGGGAGAAGAGGUAAAGGACCAAUCAGAAUUCAGACUUCAGAUUUUGGAUCCUGAGGAGGAGAAUUGUGCUAUUUUUUUUUUUUUUUUUACAGUUAAACUGAAUCUCACAAAAUACCGUUUUUGUACAUUGCCAUCUUAUAUGUAUAUUAGUUUUGUAUGGCAGAAAAAAAAAACUACAUCAUGUCUGAAUUUUACUUUAAAAGCACCACACAUUGUUGCACUGUUGUAGUUACUUCUUAUAAAUGCCAUGUUUUUAUUUAAAAAAAAACAAAAAAGAAAACGUUUGAUGCUUAUAAACCAAGGUCAUGAUUCUAAAUGCACUAUUAAUAUAACCGAAUACGUGUUUAUAACCUGUCCGUCAUUUUGCACUAAUGGUUCUGUUUGUAAAAUGUAAUUUUUUGUGAGACGAUUAAAACAAUGAAAUGAACAUAUUUUUGAAUGAGCUGCAUCGCUCCCUUUGGGCUGGUGGGUGUGUGCGUGAGAACAUUUUCACUUCGUGACCUCUGAUUUUGGACUGCGUUCUCUGAGCUUGGCCCUGCGCUGUGUAUAAAUGCUGCCAUAUUGGCUUUUCUUCAGAAAUGUUUGUCGAGUCGUGUCUGGACGGUGCCUCCCGGGGGCAGGCGGAGAAGGUGUGCGCGUGUGUGCGAAGCCAAUAGACUAGCUGCUUUUGUGGGUGGCUUAUUUGCGCACAUUUGUGAAUGUGUGCGCUUCCUUCCUCAUUAUUUUUACCCGUCCGUAUCUCCCAGUCUUAAUAGCUUUGACAUUCACUCUGUUCUGCCUUAUAUAAUCCCCCAACCAAGCUGCUCCCUGUUGCAUCCCCAAGGUUUCUCGUUCUUUACAUAUGUCGCAGCAGCAGGGGGCCCAUGUAGCAGGCCGUGGUCCAAUUUUUAAGAUUGCGGUACAAGACAGGACGCCCUUUACACUGUGUCUAAGGGGAUCCCUGCGCGCACUUCGUUGUGUACACUACAGAGAACAGAUGCUCUUCACACUUGCUUUAAAACGUAGCCCGUAGUUUUAAAGGUUUAAUGAGCUUCCUUCAGCGUCAUGUGGAAUAAAUACGUUAUCGUCCAGCCUGAUGCACAAUGUUUACAAUGUAUAAAGGUGAUCGUUAAUGAAGUCUCCGAACUUCUGAGCUGGUAAUAGCAAAGCAAUCAAUCAUUAAAGGGAAGUGGGAAGAAAACUCAUUAAACUUGUAAGCAUGAACUGCGGAGCAAUUAACUCACAGGGAGGUCUAAAAAGGGACACAAACAUCAGAUAUGGUCGUUGACCCCGAAAACAGGGAAAACAAUAAAACAGCCUUAUACAGAUGCAAAGUAAAUAAAGUGCUGCGCUGUCCGUGGUGCUGAAUGCCUUUGGAUGAAUGUAAAUUCUCGACAUCCCUGUUAAAUGAUAAACCGUAUUUUAACAAAUGU